AUGUCUACCGAAUCGACCGAAGACCAGAAGCUUCUCCAAGCCGUAUUUAAACAAAUUGACCUUGCCAAUAUCAGUUUGAAUUUCGAUCAAUUAGCUCAAGACCUCGGCAUCGUUGGCGGCAAGAAUCCGAAGGGCGCUGCGAGCAAGCGUUGGUCCAGAUAUAAGCAAAAGAAUGGACUUGUCUCAGGAAAGUCGGCCAAGAACGAAUCCGGUGAUGAUGCGGAGACCGACAUAAAGUCUGAGUCAAAUGCGGGGAAUGGGAAGAAGACAGGGAAGGCAGCGGGGACUGCAAACGGAAGGAAAAAGGCUGGGUCGAAGAAAAGAAAGUUGAUCAAGGAUGAGGAUGAGGAUGAUGAGCCGGAGUAG